AUGGCCCUCACACCACACCAAGUCCUCUCAAUCGUGCUAAUAAUCUACUACACUCCCUGGCUCGUCCCCACAUCCUUCCUCCUCCACCGACACGGCAUAGGCAGAGCAUGGGGCUGGCUGUACCUCUUCAUUUUCGCGGCCUUCCGAAUCGCCGGUGCAAGUCUCCAAUUUGCCUCAGACUUCAGUGAAAGCAAUGGAUUACGACGGGCCGCGUCAACGCUCGCGUCUAUCGGCGUCAUGACCCUUCUACUAGCCAUGUUGGAGGUUAUUGAGAAUGUGAAAUCAACCUUCGCCUCCGACCCUAUUCACUCUCGCAUCUGGACCCUCCUCCACCUUUCGCAAUAUGCCGCUUUCAUCCUCAGCAUCAUCUACACGUUUACCAGCCACAAAGACCUAAGUCAUGCCGCCGCGAUAAUUGUAGCAUGUCUAUUCGCUUGUCAAGUUGUGGUUUCCGUUGUCUUUUAUAUCCGGCUUCUCUCGGACCCAACCCGCGAUAACCACCAGCCUGGGAAUGAAGAUAAAUACCACGACAACGUCAAUGCGAACAAGAAGACGACCUUUAUACUUCUCUUCGCCCUAUUCAGCACACCAUUCCUAACAGUCCGGGUAAUUUACAUGCUCCUGUCAACAUUCGCAAACAAUGCAUCUUUCAAAGGGAGAGACCUAGAUGGUGAUGGAAACGCGGAUACACCCGCCAACGUGUAUGUUGUUGCAUUCAUGCAAUAUCUGAUGGAGUCCAUCGUCUUUGCGCUAUUUAUGUACGCGGGGGUUGUCAUGCCGUCAUUACGAAAGGCAAAAGAGAUAGAGAAGGAGAAGAAGAAUAAGCUGUUGAACUGCCAGGAAAGAAAUGAAAGGGUAUAG